UCUUCUAACGUUACGUUUUGGUUGUGACUUGUGACUGCAACAAUGGCUUCAUGUGGAGCAACAACGUUAACGUCAAGAAAAAAGAGGCGAAACACGGAGAUAAAGGAAGUGAAACAGAAAAACAGACGUAACGUGACCUUCACCAAACGCAAACAAGGGCUAUUCCACAAGCUCACUGAGCUCUCUCUUCUUUGUAACGUGGAAACCGCUUUGAUCAUCACAAACACAACCAAAAAAGGAAAGCUCUACUCCGGCGGCUACCCUGACGCCGACGCCGUCCUCCACCGCUAUCUCGCCGGAGGGCCACCGCAGAGAAUGAACCGUGCAUGCACAACGGAACAGGAAGAGACGGUCGAAACCCUAAGGGUGGAGUAUGAAGCAGUUCAAAACCAAUUGAAAGAAGAUAGAAAUCGUCUUCAAGCAAUGGUGGAGUCACAGAGUCAUCACUCUAACCCUUGGUGGGAUCUCCCCAUUGAGGACAUGAGUUUGGAUAAUCUUCAACACUUCAAGACCUCUUUGGAGAAUUUGAAGUUUAACCUAGUUGCUGCUGUGCAGGGGAAACCGUUAACUUCUUCAGUUCCACCAAUGCCAUCUUCUAUGGUUUGCCCAAUGCCAUAUACCACAGUUCCACCACAACAGUGGUGUUAG